UCGACAUCAUCGUUCGUCUCGUGCGCUGCGUGUUUAUUAUCAUUUGGUGGACGCGGUUGGCGUUACCUGCGGGGAUGGCAUAUUCUGCGUCCAUCAGUAAUGCCACAGCAUAGAAGGACAUCAGCUUGCGUCAUCAAGAUUGUUUAUAAAGCUGUGUCAGCACAUCUCACCUUUGCCGAAGACUUCAAUUGCGGCACACUUGAGCUUGGGCGUUAGGACCACUAAACACAUGAGUCGUCACACCCUGCUUUCCUGCGAUAAUUUUUGCGACGAGAUUAAGCACCAUCAUCUUGCGUUAUCUUCAGAACAGCAUGUGCUGAAUACGUGUACGCACCAACAACUUUACACCGACGAUGGAGCUCUUCUUAUCACAGUGAAGGACGAAGAUCGAGAUUUCUUUCAAGAAGACGCGAGCGAGGUACUUCAAGAAACGAAGAUGAACCUUCCGACCAACGAUAUCGCUUCUAUACCUUCAGAAACUUUGACAUCUCUAGGUACGCAAAUGGGAUACGGUGAGGAGACACCUCAUUCCUGCAACACCUAUGAAGAUCAUGACGAAGUAACGAAGAGAAAACGCAUGUUCACUGACACAAACAGUAGGGACGGCUCCCUUCAAGAACCGAAGCCGAACUUUCGUAGAAACGUUAUCGUGACCGGUAGGGCGACAAGGUUUCGCAGAGGGAGCGAAAAUACGAAUAUGAAAUUUUCAUGUGCGCGCAUAUGGACUGGUGAGAGGACGCAGCACACCUGCGAUGGCGAAGAAAAUAUUCAUGUCACAAUAAACAACAAAUACAGCUGUCCACUUGACGAAGACAGUGAAGGUAUUGCGAUUCAAGAAGGGAAGACCAACCUUCGUAGCAACGGUAUUGCGAGCGACACGGCAAUUAAGCUUUGCGGGGGACGACAAUCCUACCAGGGCCCAAGUACUCCAGGUACCUACAUAGGAUACGGCGAGAUGACGCAGCCCAUGAACAUCCAUAAAAGCGUUCUUGUCACAAUAACGAACGAAUACUGCAGUUCUGUUGACGAAUGCAAGGGAGGCAAUGUGUUCCAAGCAGCGGACACCGACCUUUGCACAAACUGUGUCAAGAGCGAUAGGACGACAGCGUUACGUAGAAGAGAAAAGUCUGACCGACGCUCAAAAUAUUCUGGGGCGCAUAUGGGUUAUUUCGAAGGGACACCGGAACGCCACAACAACGAUGGUUUACUCCUUGUCACGAUAACGAACAAAUGCAGUGAUUUAAUUGACGGAGGCGAUGGGGAUGAUGUGGGUCAACAAAAGAACACGAACAUUUGUACCAGCGGUUUUACUAGCGCUAGAGCGACAAAGCUGCAUGGGAGAGCCGUCUCCCACCAGGGCCCGGGGUGUGCAGUUCCGCUUGCGAAGUAUAGUGAGCGUACAGCGCAGACCUACAAGGCUGAAGGCGAUUUAUUUGAAGGAGACGAGGCGGUUGGUAACAUUACCUUAAACUUCAUUACGAACAGUACGGCAACAAUGCCACUCAGGAGAGAGAAGGCAGAUGAAAGCGACGCACCGAAAAAAAGUGAAACAAGUGGGAAACGCUGCAAUGAACAUUGCACGUCCACGGCAAAUUCUCAAUGUCUGCGACGCAGACACGGCAAAGGCACCAGUCUCUACAGUGAGACGAUACGUAACCAGGGGAACUGCACGAAAUCUCAGGGAAUGCGAAACUCAGAUCAAAACUUUCAGAGUGAUCCGAUCCGAGCGUCCGAUCGGGGUAUACCGAAAGAGCAACCGUUACGGAUCAGAGACUGGAUCGGCGUUCCUCACAGCAGUGGUGGCCACGCACAGGUAGAGAAAAAAAAUAUCGCUCAAGUAUUUCCCCAUCAUUAUGGACAACGUGUGCACCCUUAUGUUUCUCCUUGUGUCAGCUCCUGCUAUUGUGGAUAUCGUGUCCAACGAAGUGAGUGUGAAGAAACGGGCCUGACAUCCAUGAAGUGCUAUGAUUUUGCUGGCACGCAGUUAGGGCAUGCGAAUGUUUCAGGGCAUAAUUCUAAUGCUAGACACUGCCUGGAUAAUUCAAGGCAGGACGGUUGGGCUCUAUAUGUGACGCCUUGUGACAGCGCCCGACAUAUACCGUCAUGUGCCAGGUAUGAACUGAUAUGAAACCUAACUUAUGAACGUAUAUGAAAAUUAUAUAGCAUCGAUCUCCGCACAACAUGUGCCGUAUCACGCGUGCCUGAUCUUAGACACCUGAAAUUGGGUGAAUAACUCCUUAUUAAAUAUGGUUUAUGUUCGUGC